CUAUGGAAUGCCGGGCCUGGACAAUAGACAAGAGUCUUCGGGCAUGGUAGACGGCAUGCAUAAGUCUGAUUUGCUGACUAUCGUGGUUCUUGACUACAGUUGUUGUCUGACUACAGAGGUGUUGGGUGCAACUAGAGUCACUCUAGGUGCAAUUGCUCGUGCGUGUGUGAAAGUUGCUUGCUGAACGUAUUAUCUCCAUUUACUCCUAAAAGAAAAUACACAUUUCCGUGCCACACUGGAGAAGUGCAACGAUACGUCUACACGCAAAAUCCAGCUGUUGAUUCAAGAAUCACGAACAGCUUACGGAAGCUUUGCUGAAUAGUAUACUGACCUCAAGUUCGCAGUGGUCGCCCAGCACGGAGCAGUGGAUAUGCUGUGCUCGCGCUUGUGCAUCAAGUGCAGCUGUGCCGAACACAGAUGAGCUUGUGCUUGAAGAAUGGCACGGAUAAGUCACAGGAUAUGUAUGGUGUCCGACUUCUUCUACCCCAACACUGGAGGAGUGGAAAGCCAUAUCUAUCAGCUUUCUCAGUGCCUCAUUGCACUUGGCCACAAAGUAUGUGUGAUAACACAUUCUUACAAUGACAGAACUGGUAUUCGCUACAUGACCUCGGGGCUCAAGGUUUACCAUCUUCCAUUUCUAGUCAUCUACAAUCAGUGUACACUGCCGACGGCAAUGGUAUCAUUUCCGCUCAUAAGGAACAUAUUGUUGAGAGAGUCCAUUACCAUCGUUCACAUGCAUUCAGCCUUCUCUGCAUUAGCUUUGGAAGCAUCAUUUUAUGCCGUCACCAUGGGGAUAAAGGCUGUAUUUACGGACCAUUCCCUGUUUGGAUUUGCUGAUGCGAGUGCGAUUAUCACCAACAAGCUUCUAAAUGUCUCCCUUUCCUUCGCAAAUCACGUGAUUUGUGUAUCCCAUACGGGCAAAGAGAACACGGUCCUGAGGGCCGAUGUGCCACCUGCCAAGGUUUCUGUGAUCCCAAACGCCGUUGAAACUGAAAUAUUCUAUCCAGAUCUUAACAGAAAGCCAUCUAGCCAAGUGACAGUUGUCGUGGUGAGCCGCCUUGUGUACAGGAAAGGAGUAGAUCUCUUAGCCGGUGUGAUACCUAUAAUAUGCCAUCGCCAUCCUGAUGUGCGCUUCAUCAUCGGAGGAGACGGGCCGAAAAGGCUGGUCAUCGAAGAAGUCCGUGAGCGUCACGGCAUGCAAGAACGAAUUGAGAUGCUCGGAGCAGUGCAGCACGAGGAUGUCAGAGAUGUGAUGGUACAAGGCGAUAUCUUCCUGAAUGCAUCCCUGACUGAAGCAUUUUGCAUGGCAAUCGUUGAGGCUUGUGCAUGUGGUUUACAGGUAGUGAGUACGAGAGUUGGCGGCGUUCCAGAAGUUCUGCCACCUGACCUGAUAUGUCUCUGUGACCCUACAGUUAAAGGUCUCGUGGAUGGGUUAGAAACUGCAAUAGAACGACACAGGUCCCAGGAUGUCGUGCCUCCAAUCGAAGCGCACAGGCGCGUUAAAAACAUGUACCAGUGGGACAAUGUUGCAGAGCGUACAGAAGUGGUAUAUAACAUGAUAUCUGCUGAGCCUUCACUACCCCUCAGAGCCAGGUUGCAAAGGCUGUCUCAUUGUGGGUUCAUUUCUGGUAUAUUUUUCAUGAUGGUGACGGUGCUGUUACAUAUCCUGUCAGUCAUAUUGGAAUACAUGGUUCCUGAUUCAGUCGUUGACCGAGCUGUGGACUUUCCUACAACGUGCGAAAAGCGUUCAUCUGCAAGAACACGCUCUCAGACGCGCAGAACGUCCAACCAUCUAACUGUAGUGCAAAAAUAAGCAGAAAUUAAAAAUGCAGUUGAAGUUCGUGUCUCCACAAAGAGUUGCAGCGAAGAAACUUUGAGCGCCAACAGAUUGCAAGAGAUAUCAAAGCGCUGAAGCCCAGUUCUCAACGACUGCGUGGGAGCCGCCAUUUUGUUGGUUGCGGACACGUGGUACAAAAACAGAGCUUUGCAGCCGUGCUUCUGGUGUGAAUAAAAUAACAUUUACAUUUA